UCUCUUCCUGUCCCAGAGAUGCUAAUGCUGUUGGGUUGGAAAGAAGAUAAAACACACAAAAACACACACAAAAACACACACAAAACAAAACCUGCAACAGGAAAGUCUCCUCCAACUCUCAGCUUGCACAUCGCUGCCCAGAUGUCUUUCGCACCAGUGCUGAGUCCAACAGUCCCACUCUCCAAUGGUCUGCAGAUUCCAAUAUUUGGAUUAGGCACAUCACAUUUUGGCGGAUACUCUCAUGAUUCCAUUGUGUAUGCGCUCACUGAAUGUGGCGUGCGUCACAUUGACACAGCAAAGCGCUACGGCUGCGAGGAGAAACUGGGUAAAGCUAUCAGAGAGAGUGGGAUACCACGAAGUGAUCUGUGGCUGACCAAUAAACUGUGGCCAGGGGACUACGGGUACAAAGCCGCAAAGAAGGCCUGCCUUGAAUCCUGCUCACAGAUGGGGGUGGACUAUUUUGAUCUGUACCUGGUGCACUGGCCAGAGCCAUUGCAACCUGGUAGCUCCAACAGGGAGAUGAGAGCUGAGACCUGGAGAGCUUUGGAGGAACUUUAUAAAGAAGGGGUGUGCCGUGCUAUUGGAGUGAGCAACUUUCUGGUCCACCACCUGGAACCGUUAAAGGAAGACUGCAGUGUUGUGCCACAUGUGAAUCAGAUGGAGUACCAUCCUUUUCAGCAGCCCAAUCACCUGAAAGAUUACUGUCAUCGGGAGGGAAUUGUGUUUGAAGGGUACAGUCCCCUGGCCAAGGGUCAAGUCUUCAGCGAGCCAACCAUUCUCCAGAUCGCAGAAAAGUACAGACGCACACCUGCUCAAGUCUGCAUCCGCUGGAGUAUUCAGAAUGGUGUUGUCACAAUACCAAAAUCAGUAAAAAGGAAGAGGAUACAAGAAAAUUGUCAAGUGUUUGAUUUCCAGCUGGAGGAGUCGGACAUGGCCACUUUGAGUGGCUUGCAUGAUGAGAGACAUGUGACUUGGGAUCCAACAAAUGUGGAAUAAUGAUAUGUGAGAAAAACUCAGUGUUUGUCCUGGAAUUAGUUUUGUCAGUAACCGUUAGCGGAAGAACUAAUACGAUUUGAAUUUUGUGUUUGUUCAUUACACUUUGUGUGCCACCGUUUGCCUGGAAGGAGACUCUAUUAUGAUGUGAAGUUUAUUCAUCUCCUGGAUGGAAUGACUAAAAAAAGGUCCUUUACUUUAUAGGAAGCUAUAUUGUUUAUAAUGCAAAAACAACUUAAUCUUACAAGCAUAUGUGACAGAAAAGAUGUUGACAAAGGUUAUGAAUCUUUUUGCAGAUUUUUCAGUAUUUCCCAAAUCUUAAUCUUAAAGGCUUGCAUAAGAUUUGCAUAAGAUGAGAGUAAACGGUAGAUUUGGUUGCGAUCCAAUAUUAUUCUCAUGUAUUUUGUGAAUUGUUGUGUAAGCUUUUUUUUGAUGAUGGUUUUCAGCCACUGCAAGCAAUAAAAAAAUGGCUUCACUUUAACAAUACAAAAGCAACUGCACAAGAA